GCCCUUCCUCCUCUCAUAUCCAUUCCGUUCUCUUCUCUCCUCCACAGCCUCCGUUGGCAGACAUGGCCGAACGCCUCCCUGAAGGCCUAAGGGGCUUCCUCCCCGAGAAGGGCCCAUCCAAGUCCCAGGUGCUUACCGUGGUCGCCGUCUUCCCCAUCGGCGGACUCCUCCUCGUCCUCUCUGGCGUGACGCUAACCGCCAGCGUCGUUGGCCUCGCCAUCACCACCCCGCUCUUUCUCCUUUUCAGCCCGGUGCUGGUCCCGGCGGCGAUCGCCAUCGGUCUGGCCGUGAUCGGUUUUCUGGCAUCCGGUGCCUUCGGGCUUACGGGUCUGUCGUCGCUCUCAUGCUUCAUGGAGGAGGCCCGGAGGCUCGUAUCAAAGGCACCGAAUCAGCUGGAGCAGGUGCGGCAGCGGACGGCAGAAGCGGUGGGGCAUGUCGGGCAGCGGACCAAGGAAGCCACCCAGGGGAUGCAGGGCAGGACAUAAAAGAAGAAAAAAAAAAUCUCCACUGCUCCUGUCUCAUUUGGAGAGGAGAAAUAUAUAUGUUGAGUUGGUGUAGAGUGGUAGUACUUCUUGUUUAGUGUUGGGUUAUGUGUCGGGUCUUGCUUCGUUGUAAGGGGUUUAAUACGGUUUUCUUGUUCUCAUAGCCUUAUGCUUCGCUGUAUGUAUGAACAAUAAUUGUACUACUGUUAAUAAGUGUUGAGGCAUUCGUCUCUCUCUCUCGUAUUAGUAUGUUAUUUGUGGUGGAAAUAGUUCUUUGAACGCCUG